AUGGCUGAAGGGGGCCAGCAAAACCAACAGCAUCAACAAAAUGUUUUUAACAUUACUAUUGCUCUGCAAGCUCAACAGAAUCAAAGGGAACUAGUACAAGCAAGAUCAACCGAGAUUCGUGCAGGGAAUAUUGAGAAUAUAAUAAUUCCACAAGCAGCUGAACAACAGGCAGCUCAGAAUAUUGUAGAACAAGUAGCUGACAACGUUCAACCAGAUAAUAUCGCUGAAGAUGUCGAAGCCUUGAAUUUAUCGCCAACAAAUACCCAGGCUUCUCAGAGUGGAGCAAUUAAAAAGAAAGGCGAUCUCAAAGUGCGGAAUCUUCAAACGAAGACAGAUAGAGAACCAACUCAAUCUAACCAUCCGCCUCCUCGUACUCAAAUUAUCAACCCUCAACCAAAUCAAACUACAGCCGUUCCACGUUAUACGACUGCACCGAGUGUAAUUAAUGCUCCGAAGAUUUCAAUGCUACAAAAAAAAUCUUCCGAAUUAUUCGACAAGUCUAAAUAUGAAGAAGCAGUCCCGAUCUUCGAAGAACUGGCAACCCUACAAAACCAUCAGGAUUUCUAUACAAUACUUAUGAUGGUCGAGUGUUUUAUACAACUUGGCAGAGGAAACAAAGCGGAAAAGGCUAUUGGCAACUUACGAAAUAUCUUGAUGACGUCAUCAGUGACCAGUGCCGAUGACGUCAAAGACCUUGCGAUUGACUUAAUUUCUAAUUCCGCUUACAUUCGCGCUAUAAUAUUGCUUCGAAUAGCAAGUGAUAUCUACAAGGCUCGCACAAGAACACCCGAUGAUGUAAUAAAUGGGAUUAAACUUUGUGUCCGUAAGAUACAUGAUGCUACAAGGCCAUUGAUAGGAGCCGGUGGUCGAUCCAAAAUUAUAGGAGUGGAUUACGGCUUAGAAUACAUGACAGAGAUGCUGGAUGGUAUUCGCGCAAUAGAAAACGCUGAUCCAGUGAAUAAAGCAAUACAAGAGGCUUGGUGCUUGAAUUACAUUGGAUCUAACUAUAACCCGGCAGGUGAAGAGGAGAAAAGUAUAAAAAUACUAAAGAAUGGACUGGAGGUUUUGGAGAAACAGUUCGGAUCAAACGCUUCAAAAUAUAAAAUCUACGGUGGAUUGCUGCAUAAUAUCGGUGUAGGGUAUUAUGUUCUGCAGAAAUAUGAAGAAGCAGAAUCUUAUUAUAUUAAAUCCAUUGAUGCCAAACAGAAAGCUUCAGAUUAUGAGAAUGAAGCUGAGAAACAGGAAUGGAUUGAAUUGUUAAAAACUGAGCUCAGGAAAGCUCGCGCACAAUUAACCUGAUAUCCGCAUCGCGUAUUCACGGCAAAUCGUAAUUUAUUAAAUUUAUCUCAAACAAUGAAUAAAAUAUUCGAACUUUUGAUUUUUAUUUGUUAUGUAAUUUAUUACUGUGAAAAAUGGCCAGUAGACCAGUUAUAUCACACUCAAUUUACUAAAAUUAUCUUAGAAAACGAAUAUUUUUCAAGUAUUUAAACUUUUCAUUUACAUUCAAUCAAUGCGGUAUUAUUCAAUACUGUUAAAAAAGUCAGCAGUUUUACUUGCAUCACCUGGUCAUAUCCAUUCUCCAUAAUUUUAACUUUAUUAUCUCAGUCGCAUGUUUUAUGGACAACUGAUCAAGCAUGGUUCAUAGAUAAAGUAAUGUUUCAAAAUGUUAUCAUUUAUAGAUCAUACAUGACCAGGCGUGAGUUUAUUACUUGUUUACCUGUAUUACUUAACUUACCAACUUAAUUACUUGUAAAUUUGGUUUAAUUCACUCAAUAAUUUUAAAACUCACUUUUUUGCAAUAUUACGAACACUCAUUUCUGGUCAAAGUUACAGGCAACCACUAAAGUGCCAAAAGCUACUGAAACUAUAUACAAUCAUGGUGAUGCACUACACGCACUCAUACAGAACUAGGAGAAACCUAUCUAUUAGAAAAGACGACCACGUCCAAAUGCCACUAAAUGUGAUACAAUUAUGGUGGUGCAUUAUACGAAAAUAGGAACCAUCUUGGUCGAUACUAUCAGGAAAACUACCAUAGCAUGAUUUGUUUGUAAUUUUACUUAAAAAAACUAUCUGUUCACAUUUUUACAAUUUCUAACCGAGUUUUUCUUUUCAUUUCCAUCAAAUUGUAUCUCAUGCUGUUAACAUAUCAUAAUUGGAGUGAUUUGCUUUUGUUUUGUCUUUUACAUUUAACAACUGAACUUGACAAUGUGGGCCAUAUAUAAUGCGGGAUUGCUUCUAUGGGAAAUGUGCGUAGCAUUUCAUAAACUAUCAAAUAUAUUGUAAAAUUGCCUUGCAUUGCAGCGUUGUACUUCUCAGAAUAACUAACUUGUGAACUGAUUUAAUUUUUCUGUUUUUCAUUUGGCAAGCAUUAACUGGACAAUGUUACCAUACAUGAUGCCUGAUUGUAGAAAACAAUUUAUCUAUGGGCGAUGCUUGUUUACGGGCAAUUUGUCAAAAGCAGUUAAAAAUAUGACAACAUUGUCUUGCAUUUUCAAGUGGUACCUCUCAGAAUAACUAACUGGUGAAUGCCACUAACCCGAGAGUGGCGAGAUAACGAUUAAGUUUAUUUACACGAAAAUGAAUCAAUAUCGAAAAAAUUUCUCAAUAAAGUUAACUUUAUUUUGUGAAAAUUGUACUGUAUAUAUUUCCAAUUGUUUUCAUUUUAUCGUAUUUUAUCUUAUUUCGUUAUUUACGAUCAAUUUUCAUCCGCCUAAUUGAAG